GAAUUCAAUACUCAGACACCAGCGGCUGAGACGAGCUUCAGCUGACAAUACUAUAACUACGACUGCUACUGCUACGGAAUACAGAGUCGAGGUCUUCUUUAAAGAAUUCAAUUUGCAUAUCCAAAAGCUGCCGAUCUACCCACAUACCCACAGAAAUGCAGACCAUGCAGGAGCUGAUCCCCUUUGCCAAGGAGAUGCUGAGCCAGAAGCCCAACCGAAAGAUGGUGAAAGUGUACCUGGUAGGGACCGUGCUGGCGUUCUUCGGUGUGGUCAUUGGACUGGUGGAGACGGUGUGUCACCCCUUCUCUUCGGAGGAACCGCUGGAGGAGGACGCAGCGCACCUAGCGGAACACCAGCGCCGGGCCGCGGAGGAGCACAGACGGCUCCGCGAAGUCAUCCUGGAGAAAGAAAAGGCUUUCAGUCGCAAACAGCUGGCGACUACCGGACAAAGAAACACUGCCAACCGACUGCACGCCUCCUAAAGACACGAGCAAAGUGAAGAAUAUCUGUAAAUAUGCAUAUGUACA